UGGUACCUCUUUUGGGAAGCGGCAGCGGAGGAGGCUCCAGCGCUCGCCAUGGCCGAUGAAAAGCCCAAGAAAGGAGUCAAGACUGAGAACAACGAUCAUAUUAAUUUGAAGGUGGCGGGGGAGGAUGGUUCCAUGGUGCAGUUGAAGAUUAAGAGGCAUACACCACUUAGUAAACUAAUGGAAGCCUAUUGUGAACGACAGGGUUUGUCAAUGAGGCAGAUCAGAUUCCGAUUUGACAGGCAGCCAAUCAAUGAAACAGACACACCUACACAGCUAGAAAUGGAGGCUGAAGAUACAAUUGAUGUGUUCCAGCAGCAGACAGGAAGUGUCUACUAA